GAAUGGUUACAAGGUGAGCUUUACGAACGAUUAGUGCCGAAAUUUGCUGUGAUUGGACUUUAUCCCUACGAUCGGCAACUCAGACCAAAGCUUCCAUCAGACGAAGAGGAUACGACUACAGAAGUUGCGGUGAAGCGCCCAGAAACUAUAGGCGAAGAAGAACUUCUGUCAGACGGCUCAUUUGAUAACAGCACUUCAGAUGUGUACCUGGACGCCAAUGAUAAGAAGCAUAGCUCGAAGGCGUCGUCGCGUCAUUCCUCCUCGUCACGCAACUUCGAUCCUGAGCCACGAGACAGAAGUGACAGUGACAUACUGAAGAGGUACACGUCACGAAUAGAAGGCGAACUUAAGGUCAUCUCACGACAAAUCUCCCAUCUGAAUGCAGAAGCCGAACAUAGGCAUUGCUCCCUGAGAAACAUGUUCAAGCGAGCGACAUUCCGCUUAUUUGCACCCCAGAGGAUUUCGUGGAAAGCGAUCGUGAUCCUGAUCGUGUGGCCAUUCGUAGCCAAUAUGCUUUGGAAGAUGUUCAGAAAUCUUAUCGGAAUUUAA